CCAAGACCCAAGAGGGGCUCUUGAGUAAUUCCAGAGCCCAUCUUAGCACCUACUCCCGCGUCGUAGUCUUUAAUUUAACCAGAAAAUGCUCACAAUCUGAAGGCGGAGAGAGGCACAUACUGAUCAAUACAGAUUAGAGUAAGAUUGGUUCCAGUUCAUCUCCUCAGAAGCCUGCUCUAAUGGAAUCCACAGUUUCUGGAACAACUCUCUUCACCUUAUCCAAAUCCAUUUCUUCUUCCCAUAACCUCGUCGUCUGUAGCCUCCACCACCACUUAUCACGAACUCUAAGUCCAAGCAUUCAGAAACGUUUUUCAUCCGGUAGAAUCAGAUGCAUCUAUGAUGGCAAUUUUCAGAGGUCAAGUCAGUUCGUUCCAAUCUAUUCGCCUGGAACUUCUCUUCGGAAUUUGCAUCUAGCGGCUCCGAUAUCGUCUCGUAUGGCCUGUAUAUCGAGCUCUACUGCUUCGUUUGCUUCCGGUGGAAGCGGAGAUGAUACCAAUGAAGGUAACGGAGGUGGGGGUGGCGACAGCGGUGAUGGAUCAAACAACGGAGAAACCAAGUCAAAAUCUAUUGGGGGAGACUCCGAAGAGGUUUCGACCUUGUCUUCCGAUGUAAUAAUCCUUCACGUUGGAGGAAUGACUUGUGGAGGAUGUGCAGCAAGCGUGAAAAGAAUAUUAGAAAGCCAACCACAGGUAUCUUCUGCCAGUGUCAAUCUUGCAUCAGAGACAGCAAUUGUGUGGCCUGUUGCUGAAGUCAAAGUUACAGAGAACUGGCAACAACAGUUAGGAGAGACCCUUGCAAAGCAUUUGACCAAUUGUGGAUUUAAAUCUGAUCUUCAUGGUCAAGGAGCUAUAGGAGAUAUUUCCUCGUAAAGAUGCGAGGGAUUGUUGCAAGAAGCAUCUCAGGGCUGAUGGCGUGGAAGCAUUGGUUCAAAAGUUAAGUCUAAUUGGAUCUUUUAUCCAUCAAUAGGUGGGUUUCAGUAGCUGCAUUUGGUAGACUUGGUUGGAAGGAGACAUUUCUUUUAGCUGGGAGUUCAUUUCAUUUUGGAUAAAACACUGCCACACAAUCUCAAGAAAUUACUAUCUUGUUAGAUGUUAGUUUCACUUCUGAAAUUGCAUUCUUUGUAAGUGUCAAUGUAUUGAAUUUGAUAUAUAAUGCUAGUAAAUGCUAAUUGCCUAUCCAUUUGGUCUUGUUCUGUCUUGUUCAAUUUUGGAGGGAGAAUAUCUAAUUUCUUCUCCCUUGGUGCCUUUUGGGCUCCAAACUUGUACCAAGUCUUCUUGUCUCUUACUAGGAGUAUGAAACUACAGAAGGAAGCAAGUUUCAUCUAGUUGUCAAUGUGAUCAUGCCAUACUCAUGAA